AUGAUGUCAACGUCUGCUAAACAUGCAUUAGCUGCAUUGUUUAUACAUUCUGCUCCACAUCAAGCUAAACAAUAUAGUUUUGUUGAUAGGAUAUACCGCUGUCUACAAGCAAGUAAAGAUGAAACAUCAAAAUAUGCUGUUAAUAAUACCAUAAUGAAUACAACAUUCAUGUCAAUGUCAACGUUACGGACUGAAGGAUAG